CGCAUUGUAAGUUUAAAGUCUAAUUGCAUUUAUAUUUUUAUGUUUCAUAAUUUAAUUCUAACUCUAUUUAUUUAUUAUGUUUGUAGGAUGACUUGCGAAAGCAACUCGAAGAGGGAACAAUAAGUCUGGAAGGGAAGAAUGACAUCUUGACCAUGGCCCUUGGGACAGAUGAACAUGGUGGUCGAGUCCGGGGCUUGGGUUAUGGUGUCACUCAAACCCAAUUUUUCCACACUCCACGCCCUACAAAGAGGAAGAAUAAAGAUGAGGAUAAUGAAGCAUUGUCAGAUAUGGAUAAGCGACUCCGUGAGACAGAGGAGAGUAAUAGACAGCUUAAAGAACAAAUGGCUGAACUCCUGCGUAUAGUUCGUUCCCAGCAUAGUGGUGUUGCGGGUACAUCACAUGCGUCUGGUUCGGGUGUUGGAGGAGAAUCAAACAAACUAGCCCGUGAUGAUGACAUUGUUUCUGCUCCUGAAGCACAACCACAAAGUCCUGUCCAUGUCUCUGCUCCACGACAACCGAGUACACUGCAUGCUGAGAAGGUAACCGCUCCACCAGCUCCACCGCCACAUACCGAUGGCAUUUCAGAAAAGAAAUAUCCAUGUUGGCUGCAUGUUCGGUUGGAGCCUAGUGGAUUGUCAUUGAAAGGUUCUAAGGGAUUCAUGGUGAAGGAGCAAUAUUUGAAGAAUGGCAAGUUCUCAGUCCAGGGUUCUGAUUUCCUCUACAAGGAUUAUCGUCGGGUUUUCAUCGAUGAAGUCUAUGUAGAAAAUGCCCGUCUUCCAUGUCCCGUCGUUCAAAAUGGAUACACCACUGUAGGUCAUGCUGUAGGACUUUAUGUAGCAUGGCUAAAGGACUACAUUACGCCAGUUGGAGUAGAGUUGACGCAACGCCCCAAUAACCAAAUGCAGAAGAAGCAACCUGUGAGUGGAAAAGGACAAGUAUCUGAAGAAUUACUUGGUCCUCGAACACAGCCUCAAAAAAUACCAGAGAGGCCAAGUAAAAAGGGUCGCUACGUUGCACCAAAAAGGACAUCAAUAAUCAACAACUUUUUUAAGUUACUCAACAUGUGGCCAAAAACAACAAUAAUCCACUUUGAGGCCAGCAAGGAUUUAUUUGGGGUUGAAAACGACUCGAUAUGGCUUCCAACAAUUGACAUCAAGGAAUUGUGCCAAAUGGGAUUUUUAGGAGCCCAACCUAUUGCAAUCUGGUGCAAGUUUUUGAAGGAACGGUUGCUAGAUGUUAAUGGAUUAAGCAGACUAUAUGCAUUUUUAAAUCCUGGGGCCAUUGCCUCUGAUGCUGGGGAUUAUAAUGCCCGUUCUCGAGCACUGCGCAAACGUAUUUUUGAAAUUGAUAGUCCGGCUAAAUGGAUUAUUGCCCCUAUAACAAUUAGUAAGUAAAUUUAAAAUUUAUAGUUUCAUAAUUUAUAACUCUACAUAAUUUAU